GUUUCCCCACGUGGAUGUUUUCUAUCGUUACCAAAUGGAAGUCGAGGAGGAAAAACCGCAGAUCAUUGCGGAGAACCCCAACGAGACCGUGAUCCGCGAACGAAAUGCGGAGAUCGUUUCCGGCGGCAAUGUUUUUUACAAUCCUGUCCAGGAAUUUAAUCGAGAUCUGAGCAUCGCGGUUCUGAAUGUUUACUUUCGGAGAUUAGCAAAGGAAAGGAUCGAAAAAGCGAUCAAAAAGCAGCGGAGGAAGGUGAAAGAGGAGGAAGAAGGGAAACCCUCUCCCGUCCCCGAGGAUCAAUCCGUUUACGUGGCAGGUACUCGCUAUGAGGAUGGACUUCGGAUCCUCGAGGCCCUCGCAGCCACCGGCUUGCGCAGCAUCCGCUACGCCCAGGAAAUCGCCGGAGUACGCCAGAUUGUGGCCAACGACCUUUCCCGCCAGGCGGUGGCCUCUAUCAACACGAAUAUCCGACACAACAAAGUGGAGGAGCUGAUCGAGCCCAGUCACUCGGAUGCCAUGACCCUCAUGUAUCUUUCGACUCACCCCGAGAAGCGCUUCGAUGCUGUAGACCUCGAUCCGUACGGAUGUCCCAAUCGCUUCCUGGACGGGGCUAUGCAGUGCCUAGUAGACGGGGGUCUCCUGCUGGUGACAGCCACCGACAUGGCCGUGCUGGCCGGAAAUGCUCCGGAAGCAUGCUACGUAAAAUACGGGUCGGUGCCCCUGCGGAUGAAGUGCUGCCACGAGAUGGCAUUACGAAUCCUGCUCCACUGCAUCGAGAGCCAUGCCAACAGGCACGGCAAGUACAUUGAGCCGCUCCUGAGCAUCUCAGCGGACUUCUACGUCCGCAUAUUUGUACGAGUGUAUGUCGGACAGGCCCAGUGCAAGCUGUCGAUGAGUAAGCAGUCUUGGAUAUACCAGUGCACCGGUUGCGAGACCUUUACCCUUCAGCCAUUGGGCGCCACUAAGCCCAAUCCCACGGCGGGUAAUCCGCAGCAACUGAAAUUCGGGAUACCGACAGGUCCGGCGGUUAACUCGCAGUGCGAGCAUUGCGGUCACAGGCACCACCUCGGUGGACCCAUCUGGUCAGCUCCGAUUCACAACCCAGAGUUUGUCCAGGAUCUGUUGAAGACCGUGCAGGAAACGCCGUUGCAACCCCUGGGCACCCAAAGGAGGAUCGUUGGAGUGCUUUCCAUGGUACAAGAGGAACUGCAAGAUGUCCCACUUUACUAUACUCCGGACAAACUGUGCUGUGUGCUUAAGCUGGAGAUUGUACCCAUGCUGAAGUUCCGCUCUGCCAUCCUACAUGCAGGAUAUCGAGUCUCCUACUCACAUGCCUCGAAGAACUCGUUGAAAACCGAUGCCCCGCCAGCGGUGUUGUGGGACAUUCUGCGCAGCUGGAGCAAGAGGCAUCCGGUGAAUCCCGAGAGAAUGAUUCCUGGAACUCCCCUUCAGGUAAUACUUUCGAAGGAAGGCACCGCGGAAUACGAGUUUGAUGACCUUCACCCGGAGGCCAAUCCCAAAAGCCGCAAAUCAGCACUAUCGCGUUUCCAGGAGAAUCCAACACCUCAUUGGGGACCAGGCACCAGAGCCACAAUUAUGAUUGGCGAAAAUAAACUGCCCAAAAGCUACCGCAACCAGAACAAGAAGCAGCGUCACAAAGCUUCGCAACAGCAGCCCGAGGAGGACCAGAAGGAUGCCUCACAAGCGGUGGAGGAUGAUGCUGACACGAAGCACCCCGCCAAGCAGGCCAAGCUGGAGGCGACUGCGUGACAACUGCUUCUAUGUCACAAAUUUAUUGCCAAUAAUGUUUGUAAAACCCAAAA